AUGUUAUCCUCCGUGCUCUCGAGUCUUCUCAGCGUCUUCGCAGUCAUCAGCGGCCUGUUGCCUAUGCCUCCUGUAGACAUGGCACCUUCAGCUCAUUCAACACCUGCAACCCCUCGCUUCGUUAUUUACAGCGACCAAUGGGUCUCCGGCGAGACCGGUCCUCCUGCAGUCAGCAAGAUCAAGGGGUACAACGUCUUCGCCCUCUCGUUCUGGCUUGUCUCCGGCCCAGCUGAUCAAGCUGAAGAGUGGGCAUCGCUUGACGAUGCCACACGAUCAUCUUACUUGACAUCAUACCACGAUGCCGGAAUUUCUCUUAUUGUAUCUGCUUUCGGGUCCACAGACGCGCCUACGAGUGAGGGAUACGAUCCUACUACCAUCGCCAAUGAUCUUGCGGCCUUUGUGUUGAAAUAUAAUCUCGACGGUGUCGAUAUUGACUACGAAGACUUCAACGCCAUGAAUGCUGAGAAUGGAUCUGCAGAAACUUGGCUGACCACAUUCACCAAAGCUCUUCGUGCGAAGCUUCCGCAAGGUCAAUACAUUUUAACCCACGCACCUGUUGCUCCAUGGUUCUCCACAUCAUACACUAGUGGUGCUUAUUUGACGGUCAACAAGAAUGUUGGAUCGUUGAUUGAUUGGUACAACGUUCAGGCAGGUUUCUACAAUCAGGGCACGUCUGAGUACACAACAUGUACUGGGCUCCUUACGAAAUCGUCUUCGACGUGGCCGAAGACUUCACUCUUCCAGAUUGCAGCAGCAGGAAUUUCUUUAGAUAAGUUAGUGAUCGGCAAGCCAGCCACCAGUUCGGACGCAAGCAAUGGCUAUAUGAGUACCACCUUACUCGCUCAAUGUGUGGACACCGCCUAUCAACAAGGAUGGGAUGCUGGCGUUAUGGUGUGGGAGUUUCCCGACGCUGCAGCGGCCUGGAUCAAAGCCGUGCGGUCGCUCGCAUUCCCAGAAUAA